AUGGCAAAGCGAAAGGCUACAGAGACUCCUCCCUCCUCUCCUUCGAAGAUAAAAAAGGCAUCACCAGAAGGCGGCGAUGCGGAGAAGAAGGCGCGACCUUGGACUGCCGAGGAGGACGCAGUUUAUUGGAGGCACAUACUCGCGACCUACAAGCCUGACCUCAAAGCCAUUCACUCAGAGGUCAUGAAAGCCGCAGGAGGGGCAGAACGAACUGCAAAGGCUAUACAGAGGCAUUGGGACAGUGCCAUUCGUAAGCAGCUGCUCGAGCUUGCGGGCAAUGUAGAGAAGACGCAAGAGCAGGCCAACGAGGCAUGA